AUGAAUGGUAUUUUUGCUAUUGAUAAGCCAGGAGGAAUUACUUCAAAUCAAUUCAUGAUGAAGUUGCAACACGCUUUAACAAGUAGUCAGAUAUUCUCAAAGGAAAUUCAGCGUGCUACCGCUGAGAGAAUGAGAGAGUAUCAGCAACAAACAGGUAAGAAAGCAAGUAAGAGGAAGUUACGAAAGGUUUCCAAAGUGAAGAUGGGCCAUGGGGGUACUCUCGACCCGUUGGCUUCCGGUGUUUUGGUAAUCGGAAUUGGCAGCGGUACUAAAAAACUAGCCAAUUACUUAUCUGGCACUGUGAAGGAGUAUGAGGCUGAGGCACUUUUUGGUGUUUCGACUACAUCAGGAGAUGUCGAAGGUGAAAUUCUGUCACGAAACUCCGUGGCACACCUGAAUACCGAAGAUAUCAAGAGCGUGGAAGAGAAAUUCAAAGGAUGUUUAAAGCAAACACCACCUAUCUUUGCUGCACUCAAGAUGAAUGGCAAGCCAUUGUAUGAAUAUGCUAGGGAGGGGAAACCUUUACCGCGUGCCAUUGAACCAAGACAAGUGACUAUUUACGAUUUGAAAUUGUUUCCUGACACCUUAUCAAAAAAUCAUAAAUAUCCAAUAUUAAGGCCGGAAUCUGGAGAAGUAAAAGAUGACAUCAAACUUUUGAAUUCUGGUCUUCUUGACGAUACGCUAUAUUUCUCAAAGGAAUAUUGCGAAAGUCGGGGUAUGGAGUCAGAAGUAGCUCAAAUUGAAAGACCAUUACCAAUAACUGAACAAGAAACUGGGCAGAUCGAAAAAUUUGGAAACGAGUACCGCGCACCGUUAUUGCAUUUUACUGCCAAAGUUUCUUCGGGUACAUACAUACGAUCGCUCAUUAGUGACAUUGGUAAAGCAGUCAGAAGCUCGUCCUACAUGGUAAAACUUACGCGUUCACAGCAGCAGGAUUGGUCCUUGAAUAGACGAAAUGUUUUCAAGCUGGAGGAUUUUAUUCAAAGGGAUGAAAAAGUUUGGAGUAAAGUGUUGGAACUUGUAUUAGAGAAGGGAGCUGAAAUCGAUGUUGUUGACGAGCUGGCAAAAGCUGAAAAAGAGUUUGCAAGUGAAAAACAAAAGACUGAGAAAAUUAAUCAGGUAAAUGAUGAUCACAAUGAAUCUAAUCUCUCUACGGAAACACUAGCUGUGGAGACGCACCCAAAUGAGGCUAAUACCAAAAAGAGAACAAUCGAUGAAAUAGAGUAG